AUGGAUGUCUACUGCGUGGUAGCGGUAACGUCGUGGCUGCGGUGCAAUGAAGUGCUCCAUAGUUCAAAGCACUGCGAUGAGAGCGGCAUAACCGUAACUCGGACCGAGCGGCGCGGGGCGGGCAGCCGGCCGGGGCGGGGUGCGGGGCGGCGAGGAGAGCGCCGGGACAUAUCUAAUUCAGUUUUACUGCUCCAUAAGGCCCACCGUUCACUGCCGCAC